AGCCAGAAGCAGGAUGCACUCGAGGCAGCGUUCAAGGCAGGACAUGACCGCAUUGUCUCACAGAUUAUAUCAUACGGCAUAGACUUAAAUGUCCGCCUCUUUGGUUACAAGUUUGAAAGCCCCCUGGGAUGGGCAAUAGACCAUAGGAAGCUGUAUUUGCUCUUAUUGCAGAGAUGCCCAGGCCGAGUGGACUUGACGAGAGCCCUGGGGCGCGCUGUUGAUCAGCAAGAUAGAGCUGUGGUGGAACUGCUCCUGGCAAAUGGCGCCCGGUGUGACUUUGAAGAGGAAGAUCGGCCUUUGCCCUUUAACCCGGGCGCUGACGGUGGCUGUUGUUUUGGUGUAAUAUCCUUGGAAGAAGAAUUCAUUCCGCCGCUUGUUCGAGCCGUUAAGAUGGGCGAUGUCAGCCUGGUGCGGCUGCUGCUUAGGAACGGAGCGAAUGCCAAUGUCGGAUACCACGACCUCUAUGCGGGUCUGAUGUUUAAGCAUAUCAAAUUUGGGUGCGGUAGGGUAAUUCAAUUAGCCAUGGAGUUGAAGCGACAUGAAUGCAUCAAGCUAUUGCUUGCCGCUGGCGCAGAUAUUAGCCUUGCGCAGCCUGUCUGGCGCGUACCGGGCCAUGGAUGCUGGGAGGUGACGAGGCUUUUCUACCAGGCCACGAUGAGUAAGUUGAGGGCGGUGGUGGAAUCAGCCAAGGAAGCAUAA